ACUACAUACGAGUGCCUUCAGUUAUAGCCAUCGACCGAAAUUGUGGUGAAAUAUUCCCGAAGAAAGUCAGGCAAUACGGGCUGGCAAACAUAAACUAGCUUAGCGAUGGCGUCCGGUUCAACCUUGCAGAAGGCGAUCGACAUCGUGACGAAGGCUACGGAGGAGGACCGGAACAAAAACUACGAAGAAGCGCUGCGUUUGUACGAGCACGGCGUGGAAUAUUUUCUGCACGCGAUCAAGUAUGAAGCCCAAGGUGAUAAGGCGAAGGACUCGAUACGCGCCAAGUGCUUCCAGUACCUGGACCGAGCCGAGAAGCUGAAGGCAUACCUCAAGAAGGGUAAAAAGAAGCCGGUCAAAGAUGGCGACAGCUCGUCGAAAGACGACAAAUCGAAAAACGACAGCUCCGACUCGGAUUCGGACGAUCCGGAGAAGAAGAAGCUGCAGGCGAAGCUGGAGGGUGCGAUCGUGAUCGAGAAACCGCACGUUAGGUGGUCGGACGUGGCCGGUCUGGAGGGGGCCAAGACGGCACUGAAGGAAGCCGUGAUCCUGCCGAUCAAAUUCCCCCACCUGUUCACCGGCAAGCGCAUGCCGUGGAAGGGCAUCCUGCUGUUCGGGCCACCCGGUACCGGCAAAUCGUACUUAGCGAAGGCCGUCGCCACCGAAGCGAACAACUCGACCUUCUUCUCUGUGUCCAGCUCCGAUCUGGUCUCGAAGUGGCUCGGUGAGUCGGAGAAGCUCGUGAAGAACCUGUUCGAGCUCGCGCGGUCCCAUAAGCCCUCGAUCAUCUUCAUUGACGAGGUUGAUUCGCUCUGUUCCGCCCGCUCGGACAACGAAAGCGAGAGCGCCCGGCGUAUCAAGACCGAGUUCCUGGUGCAGAUGCAGGGUGUCGGUAGCGAUAACGAUGGCGUCCUGGUGCUUGGCGCAACCAACACCCCGUGGAUAUUGGAUUCCGCCAUCCGGCGACGUUUCGAGAAGCGCAUCUACAUCCCGCUGCCGGAGGAACACGCCCGGUUGGUGAUGUUCAAGAUUCACCUCGGUAACACUGCCCACACGCUGACCGAGGACAACAUGCGCACGCUCGCGGGCAAAACGGAAGGCUUCUCCGGUUCGGACAUCUCGAUUGUCGUGCGGGACGCGCUUAUGCAGCCGGUCCGGAAGGUGCAGACGGCGACGCAUUUCAAGCAGGUGAGCGGUCCGUCUCCGGUGGACAAGCAAACCAUCUGCGAUGAUCUGCUCGUCCCGUGCAGUCCCGGCGAUGCCGGUGCAAUCGAGAUGACGUGGGUGGACGUGCCUGGCGACAAGCUGUUCGAGCCGCCGGUGACAAUGAACGACAUGCUGAAAUCUCUGGCCAGUACCAAGCCGACCGUGAACGAGGAUGACAUGAAGAAGCUGGAUAAAUUUACGGAGGACUUUGGACAGGAAGGAUAAACUCCUUUCACUGGCGAUCGAAAAUAAUAUUAUAUACAGCGAGGGGAAUGGGAUUGCAGGGAAAGAGCAAGAGAGAGAGAGAGAGAGAGAGAGAGAGAGAGAGAGAGAGAGAGUAAGUGAGUGAGAGAGAAUAUGUAAGGAUCGGCUAGGAGCGAGCGUUGAGAGCAUUGGCAAAUGUACGUCAUAAUAUAUAUAUAUAUACAUAUAUUUGAUUACUUCACCAUUCUUCUGAAGCAUACCCUUCACCGCCCAUGCACUGCGGGCGGUGAAACAUACGCGAAAUUGUCUGUAAAAUGCGCGAAACAGAAAACCCCUAUAUGAAUGUACCAUCAUUUCAAUAAUUGCCUUGCAGUAGCGAUACUGGAUUGAAAUAAAUCUGUUAUUUUCUGUUACAAUCGAUAAACCGGAACCAAUCGUUAGUUUUCGUCGCACUGCUCUAGUCCGAAAUCGAGCUAAAGUACUUCGGUGAGAAUCAGAAACUGCAGCAGAAUCAGCCUGGAAAAAUCUCCCCGUUGAUCCUCGAAUCAUCCUCUUGCAACGGAAGGAAAUGCGUGGGUCCUUCCUGCAAUUUCCUCCCUCUAGGCCAUCGCCAAAUACGACCAC